CGUCCCAAGAGUAUCUUUUUCUUUUUGUUUCUGGAUCAUAUUCAAAAUAUCUGACCUUCCCUUUACCUGUUCCUCUCUCUCUCUCGCUCUCUCUAAUUGUUUGUUAUAUAAAUAAAGAGGAAAUCGUUUUUACGUGUAAUCUGCUUAUAGAUUCACGCGGGCUCACACUCCUCUCGUUUAGGGUUUGAGCAAUCAGAGAAAUCCGCGGCUUCUGAUUCGGAAAAUAUGGGUCCUUCUAGAAUGUGUAAGGUGUAUUGGAGCCUAUCAGAGUGUCAUAGUAAGUGAUUCAGAGAAUGGGAUUAAGCUAAAGUUAGAAAGAUGCUUUGGAAUAAUUUUUACUGCCAAGCUCAUUGUAGAAUUUGAUUGAGGAGAUAGUUGUAACAACAAUAAAAUAUAACUUAACCGACAGCCAUGAAUCAAUCGGACCACAUACUCCAACAGCAGCAUCAGAAUCUGCAACAACAGCAGCCAGUGGUCGGAGUUGUACCAGGCAGUGGCCAGAUGACAUAUGCUAAUCCUUACCAAGCAGCACAUGUGGUGGCUACUGGCACUCCAGCCGUAGCUAUUUCCUCCCCGAGUACUUAUCCGGCUUCGCAGCUUGCUUACCACCACCAACCCCAGCAAUUCAAUAGUCAACAGCUGCAACAGAGUCAACAGCAGCUUCAAGCUUUCUGGGCAAAUCAAAUGCAAGAAGUUGAGCACACGAAUGAUUUCAAGAACCAAAGUCUCCCACUUGCUCGAAUCAAGAAAAUAAUGAAAGCUGAUGAAGAUGUUAGAAUGAUUUCUGCUGAAGCUCCAGUUGUUUUUGCAAAGGCGUGUGAGAUGUUCAUCUUGGAGCUAACUCAACGAUCCUGGAUCCAUACAGAAGAGAACAAAAGGAGGACUCUUCAGAAGAACGAUAUUGCUGCUGCCAUUUCGAGAACUGAUGUUUUUGACUUUUUAGUUGAUAUUAUUCCUCGAGACGAGUUAAGAGAGGAGGGGCUUGGUGUCACUAAGGCUACUAUCCCGUCACUGGGAUCUCCAUCAGAAGCAAGUCCAUAUUAUUAUGUUCCUCAGCAUUCAGUGGGACCAGCUGGGAUGAUCAUGGGAAAGCCGGUGGAUCAAUCCGCUCUCUUUACCGGUCAACAUCCUCAACAGCCUCCACCCUAUAUGUCAUGGCCGCCGUCACAGGGUCAGCUGUCUCAGCCUCAAGAGAGACAGAGUGACACAACCAAGGGGUGAGACUUAGGUAAUAAUCCUGUGUGCGCUUAGUCUGGCAACUAGAUGACGAACUGAAAUUUCAUUGGCCAUUGCUUGGCAGCUGUAGUGUUUCCUAGGGUUUCCUGUAACAUAAUAUCUUUGUUGGAUGAUAGUAAAUUGAAUUUCUGAUAGUUGUGUCACUUGUGACCUUCGAAAUUACAUUUUCUUGAGUGUGUUUACACCUGCUUUUCUCGUAGUUGGCAAGGGACAUAUGAUGGGAGAUUUGUAUGGUAAAACACGUGCCUCAGAGGAACAACUUCCGCCUGGUUCCUUUAAUCUUGUAACCCCUGGACGAUAAUUUCAAACAGUGCAGAUGCAAUACAGAGAGCACUUAUUGUGCAUUUUUUUU